AUGUUUCAGUUGUUGACGUUGUUACUACCGUUGGUCAGCAAAGUUAGUGCUGACUGCCAGAUGAUUGCUGGUAAUUACUACUGUUCCAAGACAGAUGCUGCCAUUUACUCGAAUGUCGGUUUCUCUGGUUCUUACCAGGAUGUGACGUCGAUGGAUGAACAGAGCUGUGUUUGUUCACAGCAACCUUUCUCCUUUGGUGGUGCUUUGGCUCCAUUCGAUGAAGAGCUCUCUGUUCAUUUCAGAGGUCCUCUAAAACUAUCACAAUUCGCAGUGUACUACCCUGCUUCUUCUAACUCAAAGAGAGCUGUCGCAGAAGAGGACUGUGACUCCGUGGUCGCUAAACCUGUCCACAAACACAAGCGUGACGUCGCAGUUGAAGUCAUCGAAGUCACCGAAACAGUAUUCAUCGAUGAAAACGGUAACACUGUCACCGCUUCCGGAACUUCCACUUCCAUGUCUACUCCAACUCCAUCUAACCCUUCCCAAGUACAAUCUUCCCAAGCUCCUUCCCAAGCUCCUGUUUCUUCCUCCAACAAAGGUACUACAACUCUAUCCUCCACUUCAAAGAACACUCCUUCCUCUUCCUCCUCCUUUCAAGCCGCUUCUUCUUCCGCUGCUCCUAUCCAAGACGGUGGUGACUGGAGCCGUGUCGCUUACUUCUCCCCAGGUACUGCCUCUGGCUGUACUUUCAUGAACCACCAAGGUGGUACUGCAGGCUCUGGUGUCUGGUCCUCUUGUUUCGGUAACUCCAUCUCUUUCGCCAACUCUGACGGUGUCACUGGUGCAGGCUCCCCACAACCUCUAGGUGACGUUACCAUCAAGUCCGGCCAAGAGUACAUGAUCUUCUCCUCUACCCAAUGUUCCGCAAACAACGCCGAGUGUGGUUACUACAGAGAAGGUAUCCCAGCUUACAAGGGUUUCGGUGGCAACAGAAAGAUUUUCUACUUCGAAUUCUCCAUGCCAAGUGACACUAACGGCAACGGUUACAACCAAGACAUGCCAGCUAUUUGGUUACUAAACGCCAAGAUUCCAAGAACUUUGCAAUAUGGUCUAUCAACCUGUUCCUGUUGGGCUACCGGCUGUGGUGAAUUGGAUCUAUUCGAAGUGCUAAGCCCAGGUUCAGACAAGAUGAUCACUCACAUCCACGACGGCCAAGGUGGUGGUACCCAAGAUUUCUUCCAAAGACCAACUGAUGGUAUCUUCAGAGCUGUUGUUAUCUUCAACGCUUCUGACAAGACCAUCCACUUGGUUCAAGUCGACAGCGCCCCAGCUGGUGGUCUAUCCAACGACCAAGUCCAACAAUGGUUGAACAAGGCCGGCUCCGCUGCUGCUUUGCCAUAG